CAAAUCUUACCGCGUCACUGUGAUGCGGCUGCCGGAGCCGGGCACCUUGCCUGCACCGUCCCCGCUCCUCUCCUACCACCACCGAGAGGGACCACACACCAAAGAUGACAGCUCAGCCAAACCCACCUCAUGCAGUGCCAGAGGAGCAACGUUUUUUAGUGCUGUUUGACUUUGAUGAGACCAUCAUCUGUGAAAGCAGUGAUGAUGCUGUGGUGAGGGCUCUGCCGGGCCAGCAGCUUCCCACCUGGCUGAGAGACAGCUACCGUGAAGGGCACUACAAUGAGCACAUGCAGAAGGUCUUGGCUUAUAUGGCUGAGCAGGGUGUGUCUAAAGAAUCUAUCCAUUUGGCAGUGGAGAAGAUCCCACCCACUCCAGGCCUCCUGAACCUCUUCCAGUAUCUGCAGAGCCACCAGCAGGACUUUGAGCUGGUAGUGAUUUCUGAUGCCAACAUGUAUUUUAUAGAAACAUGGCUGGAGCAUGCUGGGGUGCGCCACCUUUUCAGGAAGAUUUUCACAAACCCAGCCAGUUUCAACGCAACCGGUCAGCUUGUGCUUCUGCCUUUCCACUCACAUUUGUGUUCCCGUUGCCCCGACAACAUGUGCAAGCAGUCAAUCCUUCGAGAGUAUCUGGCAGGCCGGCAGAAGGAGCGAGGUGCUGCUCCCUUCCAGAGGGUGUUUUACAUUGGAGAUGGGGCCAAUGAUGUUUGCCCCUCUCAGGCACUGGGGCCCCAGGACACAGCCUUUGCCAGGAGGGAUUUCCCCAUGCACAGGCUGCUGAUGGAGAUGCAGCAGUCCAAGUCUGCCAAGUUCAAGGCAAAUAUAGUUCCUUGGAUCAGUGGUGAGGACAUAGUGGACUCCCUGAAGAAAAUAAUGGAGGAGGGAUGAAAAUGUACAAAACAGAAUUAAAGAUAUGGAGAAAAACAGAAUCCUUGCAACAACCCCAUGUAAAAGAGCAUGAUUUUAAUUCAGCUAAAAUUUAUACAGUUUUUAGAAAUAUAGUAAAAAAAUUGAACAGCUCUUUCAAAGCUAGGCUAAUGCCAUCAUAAUUAAUCGGUAUUAAUGGUAUAUGCAGUUUUAGAAGUCCAGUGCAAAUGCAAAAAAAAACACUGACUUGGAGGUUGAGAUUAUCACAGAAAUGUGCAGUAUUUAUCAUUUACCACAUUCUGGGUCUCGAAACACUGAAGACCUUUUUAACCAAAGUGCUGUGUUCUGCUCCGAAGUGAAAUUAAAUCACCUUGUUCAACAAACCAUCUGCUUGAGUGUGAAUGUAAUUUACAUGUGAAUAUAUCAGUGUUCCAGCUCUGAGAAACAUUUGCAGUUCAAAUUUGUUUGACAGCUAUUGUACACAUGUGGAAAUUUGACCAAUCAACAAGCUUAAAACUCUUCUAACUCCACUGCUUCAUCGAUGGACUUGACGAUGGAUGGGUGAUAUAGCCCUGUCUUGGACAAAAGAGCACACAUGUUGUGUCAGGCAGGGACAAAGACGCCAUAGAACGGGGAUAAGAUUGCAAAGGCUCGGGCCCACGACCUGAUACCUAAUCCAAGGAUUGAUUAUACAACAGUAAUCUACACCAGCACGAAAUCCAAUAGGAACGUUGAAGCCAUGCGUCUGCCUGAUGGCCCAACAUCAUACCUGAUUAAGCAAUGACAGAAAGUGGAAGGCCCCAAAUUUACACUUUAAAUCUGUGUGUGCAAUUAUAGUUGUUAGCUAGCAUCUAAACCCCAUUAAAACUCCAAGUGAAUAUUUAUGCUCCCUCACAGGUCCUGCUUUUUGUUUAAAUGUAUUGCUGUGCAGCAACAGUGGUGUGAGAGUUUUUUGCAUUAUUAACUCAGCAUGUAACCUGAUUCUGUCCCACUAACUUCACAACAGGGAAGCAAAUUAUAUAUAUAUAUAUAUAUAUACAUAGUAUUUUAGUAUUAUGUUUGAAUUCAGAAUAUGGUGCUACAGGAUUUUCUUUCCCAUCCUGUUUAUAGCAAUACUACAGUAUUGAUUAUUUUGCAGCUUAUUGAUAUUUUCAAGCAGCUUUAAGCAAAAGGUGGAAAGAAUGCUUGUCUAUAUUUCUGCAUUUAUUUAGUAUUAAUUUAUUUUUGCAUCACAGUUAGCAAUAGACAGAUUUUGGUGCUGAUGAAAAGCAGAAAAAUAACAUGAUGUUGUUUGAGUGCGUAAAAUGUCCUUUAACUAGUGUGUUUAGUUUCUCAGGGAGUAGAGAAGAAAACAAGCAAACAUUAAUAAGAAUAUGUGUUGAUUUGCACUGUCACAUUUGCUGUUCAAAGAACAAAAUGUUUUAUUUGUGACUGAAAAUGUCUGAAAUCAUAUGAGGUCAAGUUGUAACCCAUUAAUGCUCUGCGAUUAGGAGACUAAAGGUCUGUGAGCUUUUCUCCAUGUGAUGCUAUGACCAGUAAAAAUGUAAAAGCUUAGUUUACUUCAACCAUGUGUAAAUGUAGGUUUGUGCAAUAAUUAAAUACUUUAUACUUGAGAACAAACAGAGAGGUUAAUCAUGAAGUGAGACAUGAUAUUUUCAGGGAUGUGAAUUGACUCUGGGUCACCAAACCAGGGUUUUUAAUCAAACUGUAAUCUUGUUAAGGUAACUAAGUAGAAGGAUGUGCUGUUCGGACUCUGUUCAGCUGAUAGAUUACCUUUGUUUCAGAUUUGUUUUUUCUGCACACUGGGUUUUGUGUGUUUAUCAAAAAGUUGAUGUAAAUGCAUCAAUGGAAUAUAAAGCCAUUAUCUGACUAUGUGUGAUUGUUGUGUCCUUUAUUUCUGACACUCUUAACUAGUAACACUUAACUCUUAACUUCUUCUUCUGGGUUCUGUAUCUUUCUGUUUUUGCAGCAAAGAAGUCUUUCAUUAAACACGUCAUGUUCCCUCACUGUGUCGAGU